GAAUGGUGAAGGUGACGGAAGAGAGUGUUGAGAAGAGCGAGCGAGGAGACGGAGACGGAGACGGAGACGGGAGCGAGGAAGGAACGGAGAUACAGUACAUUGCACCCCCGUCCCUCUACAAAUACACACACAACCCCUUGUCAGUGCACGUAAUAACCUGCGUAUGCCUUCAUUACAAGGCUAGAACCCUUGGCGGUUACUCAGGUGUUACCGGAUGUGGUACCUCGCAAAUUCGCAAUGGACACAGCCAGACCGCCGCCCCAUACCGCCCCAUACCGCCGCCGAGUCUGAUACGGUGA